UGUGUCUGCUGAGCCCCUUAACAACAGAACCUGAUGUUGGGGCCCAGAAAUAAUGAAUUAUUUUAGGGAUGUCUGUCUGGUUCCUUCAUGGCCACUUCAAUUUGAACAGGGCUUUCCAAGCAAGGUGUGUGGCCCGGGAGGAACAAUGCGAGCCCUGGGUGGAGGCAAGGGGUGCCCUGGGACGUGGCAGUGGAGUGUCCCACAGCACAGCACAGCACAGCACAUCACCCCCAGGCUCUGGGCUACCAACAUCCGCGGAUGCUGACGUCGGGCAGAGAUUUGACUUCUUGCUGCCAGGGCCAGGCUGAGAGGGCACCCAUGGCUGGUCCCCGUGGGCAGGGAAUGAGGGAGGAUUAAUUGAGUCUCUGAUCUCUGACGGCGAGAGGGGCCGGGAGCAGUGACCCCCCCAGCGUUACGCAACGCCUGUGCUAAAUCUUCAUGCAGCAGAUAAAGACGGUCCCCAAAAUACCCUGCCCUGCCUCUGCUGCCCUUCAGCUACUUGGGUUUGGGGUCAUGACUGAAGUUUGGGGUCGUCCAGCUCUCCGGUGACAGCAAAGGAGCGUUGAAAAGGCAGAAAGAUUGGGACAGAAACCUGUUACCCACUGGGAAGAUGGUUUCCUCCCAUUGAGGAACGAGAGCUUUAAAGGGAGCCCUUACAGGAUUUUGAAGACACUGAAACUCAUGAACUGCUGCGGGCAGAGCCAUGAGCUGGAGGAAAGCUAAUAGCUGCAAAAACAGUGCAAGGGCCUUUUUUGUCUUGAAGAUGCCAGGGGAGCUGGACAUCCCCAGCAGAAAAGGAGGGUGAUUUUUCAUCCUCUCCUGAGAAGAUGGGGUUUGUGUCACGGCCAUCAUUAAACAGCAAGAACAAAGUGGUCUCGCCUUGGAACACCGCCUGCCUGACACCACUGUCUGCUCCACCAGCUUGGAAUGUGUCUCAUCCUUCUGGCUGGUCCUUCACCUCCCAAAAACCCUCUGAAAUCCCCUCCAAGCUGCUUCUCUUCCACCGCCCCUGGCACCGCUAAGGCGUCGUGGGCUGCCCACCACUGUCGCACAGCGAUUCCCCUCCCUGUCCCUUGGAAAUGCCACUGAAGAUGCACAUCCCCCUGGCUGGCCGUGGCUCCCCGGGGCCGCGGCCGAGGUGCCGUGUCCUGUACAUGUAGGGAAGAAGCGAGGCUGUAACCCGAGCUGGGCAGCAAUCAGGCAGGACAUCCAUCCAUCGGCAAAGCCCCGCCGCUGCCUGGGCUCAGCAUCGCGGCUCUCGCUGCCACCGCGGGAGCCUCUCACAGGAUCCACGUGGUGACGUGGCAGCCAAGACGUGGAAGUUUGGGACUUCUCUUCCACCGCAGCAGAAUUUGGGGGGUGGGCAGGGGUGGGUCAGGGGGACACUGGGAGUCGCAAGACCCUUCACCUUCACUGUGGGCUUGGCUCAGGGAUGACAACGGGCAGAGUCAACCCUUACAGCAUCGUGUCCUCCGAGGAAGACGGGCUGAGGUUGACCACCAUGCCAGGUAUCAACGGCUUUGGCAAUGGGAAAAUCCACACCAGGAGGAAAUGCAGGAACAGGUUUGUAAAGAAGAAUGGUCAGUGCAACGUGGAGUUCACCAACAUGGACGACAAGCCACAGAGGUACAUUGCAGACAUGUUCACCACGUGCGUUGACAUCCGCUGGAGGUAUAUGCUCUUGCUCUUUUCCCUGGCGUUUCUGGUGUCCUGGUUAUUGUUUGGGCUGAUUUUCUGGCUUAUUGCACUCAUUCAUGGAGACCUAGAAAACCCGGGUGGAGACGAUACUUUCAAGCCUUGCGUUCUGCAGGUCAAUGGCUUUGUGGCUGCUUUUCUGUUCUCCAUCGAGACCCAAACGACGAUUGGGUACGGCUUCCGCUGCGUGACCGAGGAGUGUCCGCUCGCCGUCUUCAUGGUGGUGGUUCAGUCCAUCGUGGGCUGCAUAAUCGACUCUUUCAUGAUUGGUGCAAUAAUGGCAAAAAUGGCCAGGCCCAAAAAACGGGCCCAGACAUUACUUUUCAGCCAUAAUGCAGUAGUGGCGAUGAGAGAUGGAAAACUCUGCCUGAUGUGGAGAGUUGGGAACCUACGGAAAAGCCACAUAGUAGAAGCCCACGUACGAGCUCAGCUAAUUAAGCCCAGGAUCACAGAGGAAGGGGAGUACAUCCCGCUCGACCAAAUAGACAUUGACGUGGGGUUUGAUAAAGGCUUGGACCGUAUUUUCUUGGUGUCUCCCAUCACCAUUCUCCACGAGAUCAAUGAGGACAGCCCCUUGUUCGGGAUCAGCCGCCAGGACUUGGAGACAGAUGACUUUGAGAUUGUCGUCAUCCUGGAGGGCAUGGUGGAGGCCACAGCCAUGACGACGCAAGCUCGGAGCUCCUACCUGGCCAGUGAGAUACUGUGGGGCCACCGCUUCGAGCCCGUCUUGUUCGAGGAGAAAAACCAGUACAAAGUAGACUAUUCCCACUUCCACAAAACCUACGAGGUCCCGUCCACGCCCCGCUGCAGCGCCAAGGACUUGGUGGAGAACAAAUUCCUGCUGCCCAGCACCAACUCCUUCUGCUACGAGAACGAGCUGGCCUUCAUGAGCCGCGACGAGGAAGAGGAAGACGACGACAGUCGGGGUCUGGAGGACCUCAGCCCUGACAACAGGCACGAGUUCGACAGGCUUCAAGCCACAAUAGCGUUGGAUCAGCGGUCGUACAGGAGGGAGUCAGAAAUAUGACUCUUGGUCCUUCCGUUGACUUUUCCAAGGGUAUUUUUUUUCCUCCUCUAAUCUCUUCCCCUACAACCCGCUCAAAUUAUGCAGAACAAUGCAAGUGCCAUAGGAAUGCUUGAGAAAUUAGUAUCGUUCAUAGUUUUCAGUUUCAUCGCAAUAACCACUGAGCGGUCUGCAGAGGGGACGGUGGCAGGCCACGGCGCGUCCCCCGCGCCCAGCGCCCGCGGCAGGGCCCACGGCUCUGGGGGAUGGAUGGAUGGACAGAGGGGUGGAUGGACAGAAGGAAGGAUGAGGAGAGGAGGGUCCGUGGGGCGUGGGCAGGUGCUCGCCCCGCUCGGCCCCGUGGGGUUUUGCUCCCUCCGCGGGGAAAAUGCCAGCGUUUUCCCGGAGCCGAGCACUGCGAGAUCCAAAAAGAGGAAAUAUCAGGAAACAAAUCUUA